AUAGUGCCCCAUCAUUGGUGUCAGUGGGGGAGGAAUAGUGCCCCAUCAGUAGUGUCAGUUGUCAGUGGGAGGAAUAGCACCCCAUCAUUGGUAUCAGUGGGAGGAAUAGUGCCCCAUCAUUGGUAUCAGUGGGGAGAAAAGUGCCCCAUCAUUGGUGUCAGUGGGGAGAAAUAGUGCCCCAUCAUUGGUGUCAGUGGGAGGAGGAAUAGUGCCCCAUCAUUGGUGUCAGUGGGGAGAAUAGUGCCCCAUCAUUGGUGUCAGUGGGGAGAAUAGUGCCCCAUCAUUGGUGUCAGUGGGGAGAAUAGUGCCCCAUCAUUGGUGUCAGUGGGGAGAAGGAAUAGUGCCCCAUCAUUGGUGUCAGUGGGGAGAGGAAUAG